GGGCGCACUGUGGCCGGGCGCGGGCAGACACCAUGGGCUGGGGGGCGCUGCUGGCCGCCGUGGCGCUCCUGCUCCCGCCGCAUCUGGCGCUGUCUGAGGAGCCACUCAGCAUGGCUGGCCGGAAAUGCAACACCAUCUACAAGGGCUUUGCAGACUGCCUGAUCAGCCUUGGGGACAGCAUGACUCAAAGUGUUCAGGAACAGCAGGAUGAAAGCACCCAAGAACUGCAGGAGUUGGAGACCAUUUGCAAGUCCUGGGACGACUUCCACACCUGUGCCAGCCAGGUCCUGUCCAGAUGCCCCGAUGAGGCAGCAGCCAUCUGGGAGUCACUUCGGCAAGAAUCCCGGAAGUUCCAGUUCCAAGGGAAUCUCCAUGACCUGUGUAGCUCGCGGGCUCAGCCAGCUGGCAACGGAAGAGCUUCGGAUAUGGAUGAAACCAACAAGGAAACCUUGCGAGGGUCAGCCUGGCAUCCGCAGCCCAGCCUCUGGGGCAGCCUGACUCUUGUGACUCUGUUGGCUUUGGCGCUUUUGGCCUAGCCUAGGAGCGGGGGGAGGUGGAGGCCCUCCUCCCAUACUCUCCACCGUUGCUCAGACUGGUUGCCAGGCACUGCCCUGCCACAGGAACUUGGUUCAGACUCAGAAGCUGACACCCUGUGCGGCUCACUGGGUGAAGGAGGCAAGGGGAUGUGAGCUUCUUCCCUCUCUGCCUGCCAUGCGUGGGAGACCUGGGGAAUGAUAAAGGUGCUCCUUUUGGCUCUGUGCCAGUCUGCAACCUGCAGGUUCCCUCAACGUCGCCCUAUCCUCCUCCACCUUUCUCCAUCUUGCAUACCCUCCUAGCUUUCCAGCCCUUCCUCCUCCUGGACUCU